AUGGAACAUCGAGCACCUCCGCUUAGCCCAAUGAUUCCCGUAACACCUCCGCCCGAGCACCAAAUAUUCGGCAAUCCGGGUUCUCAGCUGCCGCCUUAUUCCAAGUACAACACCUUCCAGUCGCCGCCGAGCUUCCUCCAACCACCUCCUUACUCCAAGAUCCCGCCUAGCCUGAACACACCUACCGUCCCUCGAGGACAGGCGGCCAACACACAAGAACCCAGCCAUGAGAACAAGGAGAAUGUGAACAUUGACACGAGCGGUAGUCACGCCAAGGUGGCUCCCCCUAUCUCUCCAAACGACAGCCCGCAGGAGCAGCAUCAUCAUCAUCAGCAACAACAUCCUCAACCACAUUACCAACAACAUCCCCAACCACAUCACCAACAAUAUCCUCAACCACAUCAUCCUCAACAGCAACAACAGCAGCAACAGCAACAGCAACAACAACCCAUGGACCCCCGCUACAUGGCCAUGGCCUCCCGGAUAGCAUCCUACUACCAGCAACGGUACCAGGCCAUCUCCAACGCACAGCAACAACGCUGCCAAGCCUGGGCCAACAUGCACCGGCAAAAGUGCCAGGAGGCGAUGCAGGCCGCCAUGCUGGUGGUGGCGUGGUACAUCCGCGACCGCAUCCAGCGGCGACGGCGCAAGGAGAAGCGCAAGUUCCGGGCCGGCUUGCGGGAGAGGGCCCAGCCCACGCGGUCACGGCACGGGCAUGGCGGCGACCCCGGCCACGGCCACGGCCACAACGACCCCCGGGAGUCGGUCCGCCGGUGGCUCAUGCAGGUCCCCGAGGAUCCCGUCUCGCCCGAUGCUGCUCCCCCCGCCGAGGCCGACGAGUCGAUGGCUGGCGGGGAGCCCGGGUCCGAUAACGACGCCAAGCUGUACGAGAUGGCGGAUGGGCUCAUCAAGUCGCAGUUCAGGAAGGUUGAUGUCCCGAUGUUGGGGGUGUUGUCGUUCGAGGAGAGUGAGGGGGAGACGGAGAGUGAGGAUGAGCAGGCGACGGCGUCGCAUGAGGUUCAGCAUGAUGCGGCCACGGAGACGGGGAGUCGCCUUAUGAACCGGAGUGACUUAUCAUGA